AUGGCCAGCUCUCGCAUCGCUGACCCAUCACUUCGACAUAGCUGCCGAGGCUACACAAUCCCAAGGAAACGACGGGGUCUCAUUUCAGGCGUCAUCGCCGAGCAAGAGUCCAAUGUGUCCGACCUCGAACCCAAAACGGCGAAAGACCGAGCUGAGAUGUUAAAAGUCGUCGUGCAGGACGCACGCGAGGUCGACGACGUGGUGCAGGAAAUACAAGAGCGCCUCACGGCAAUGGAGCAGGAUUACACAGUGCUGCAGGAACAGCACGACAUAUCAAAACAGGCGUACACGGGCAUGCUGCAGGCAUACGCUAUUCUGGGCGAUAUCGGCGAUCGACUCGCUGACUACCUCGCGGCCGAGGGAGACUUUAAAACACGAUGGGAUAUGGAGAAGGAGAGCGUCUUUGCCAAAUUACAGGAAAUGCAGCAGCUCAAGGAUUUUUACGAGCGCUACGCAAGUGCGUAUGACAGUCUGAUUCUCGAAGUCGAGCGCCGUCGCGCAGUGGACGAUCGAGUGCGCAGCCUCUGGCGCAAGGCACAAGAGAACGUGGACAAGCUCCUCGAGACAGACCGCGUGUCGCGCGAGGCGUUUCGGCAGGAUGUGGGGGAGUUUCUGCCGACGGACCUGUGGGCGGGCAUGCAGGGUUCUGCGAAGAAGUGGACCGUUGUGAAGGAGGGUGAGGAUGAGGAGGGCGAUGAAGAGGUGCAGCCGUUGAGGAGGAGUGUUGUUGAGGCGGCAAAGGAGAGACUUGCGAGAGCGGGUGAGAGACGGGUGAGAUAG